GCACAUGACUCGCGGUACCCCUGUGAGCCGCAGCAAUAAUAAACACUGUAGCAUCGUCCUGCCCUGUGUCAGCUAGCUCGUAUUUCCAGGAGCUUUCUUUGGGGUCGGUUGUGUUAAGUUCAUUCUGAAAUGAAAUCCCAGUGUUUAGUUGUAGCCCUGUUCUGGGGCGCCACCGUGAUGGCUGGGAAAUACUCCCGUGAACAGAAUGAGCAGAAGUCGAGUGGCAGUGAUGGGCAGACGGUGGAGUUCAGGAUAGCUAAGCUAAACCAAGUGUGGGAGAAGGCUAAAAGGAUGGAGUUGUCUCCAGUGCGACAAGCAGAGCUGCCACAGUGACCUGAAGAUUCAGGAAAAGAUGAACUGCAGUGGAAAAAGCUCAAGGUUGAAGGGCUGGAUGAAAAUGGAGAGAAAGAGGCCCAACUCAGACGUAACUUUAAUGUGAUCCUGGCCAAGUAUGGAAUGGAUGGAAAAAGAGACACUAGACCGCUGGAGAGCAACCACCUGAAGGACCAUGACACAAAAGAGGGGGACAUAUUUGAGGAUCCCAGGCUGGAUAAACUCUGGAACAAGGCCGAGAGCUCAGGGAAGUUCUCUAAUGAGGAGUUGAUGAGCCUGAAAAGGGAAUUCCAUCAUCACAAGGACAAGAUCCAUGAGUACACCAUCCUUAUGGAUACUGUCAGCAGGGCAGAAGAAGUACACAAGAACGUAAUCUCCCCCCUGGACGGUGAUGUCAAAGAGCAUGUGCUGCACAAGAAGCACAAAGACCUGAAACAGAAAAUGAGAGACCUCAACCAGGGCUUUGAGCGCCUCCGUAAGCUCAGCCACGAGGGAUUCACUGAAGACAGUGAGUUUCAGGAACCCCGUGUGAUUGAACUCUGGGAGGCUGCCAAGAGAGCUAACCUGAGUGAAGAUGAGCUGGACUCUCUCAAGGAGGAGCUGCAUCACUUUGAGACCAAAGUGGAGAAGCACAGCCAUUACAAGGAGCAGCUGGAGCUUUCCCAUCAGAAGCUGCGACACGUGGAGGCUUUGGGAGACAAGGAGCAUAUCAAGAGGAAUCAGGAAAAAUACAAUACAAUUGCUGAGAAGACCAGGGAGAUGGGCUACAAGAUGAAGAAACAUAUGCAGGACCUGUCCAACAAGAUCUCUCGCGAUGGACUCGAGCACAAUGAGCUCUGAGAGGUUUUGAAUCUUUGUCAUCGUGUAAGUGAAGGUUGAAUGAACUGAAGUGAUUCCCUCUACAUCCACACACAAUGUGGGCUUUGUCCCGCCAUUCCUCUUCAUCAACUUAAAACAUUGUUUUUCACUUAUUGAUACUUAUUUGUAAAGGAGUAACUGAGUGUAUGAAAAAUGUGGGGUGUUUUUUUACAAAAUACAAAACAGUAUUGCAAUAUGUUGUGCUUACUGAGGUAGCAGAUUUUCAGUCAGGGUACAGAUAACUGGAUGAAGGUAGAAUGCAACAUUUACAUCAGGAAAAAAAACCUGUAAUUUGCUAAAUGAGCUGUUAAGAAAUAUCUCCUAGACCACACACAACUGACUUCAUUGGUUAACAAUACUGUAAUAUUUCAUCGCCAGUUUGGACAUUUUUUAAAACGAUGUUUGAUCACAAAGCAUCUGAACCUUUCUGAUCGUGAGGGGACCAUUUUUAAAAUUAUCUCUGAUCUGUUAUGGCCAUGAAAAGCAAAUAAUAGUAAACCAGAUAGUCUCAUUAAGCAAGUAGUUCCUACCUUAGCCUCAUAAAAUAAUGUGAUUUUACUUAUUUUUCCUAAUAAUGAUGAAAUGUGUAGUUCUUUGAAGACCUAGAAACGAGUAAAUGGAACCCAGAUACCCAAAAAUGUAAAAUCAAUCUUUAAUAUUUUGUUAGAUGAUGGUGCCAACAUACAUAUUUUUUUAGAUUCUUGUGCCAAAAACUUACAAACAGUGAUAGAUGCUCAUCAUAUAUUGCUAUCAUUGAUAUAGUUGUCAUAAGCAGUUCAAUUUAACAAGAAAAAUCAGCAUAUCCUUGUGCUGUUUUUCUCUUCUCUUUAUCCAUCAACAUAUUUUUGUUGAUUGAACAGUUCCUCCUGAUUAUAACUACAAGAUGGCGAGAAACUAGAACACACUAUAUGCUAUUCCCUUUAGUAGCUAUUUCCCUCUCAGAGAGUUAAAGCAGAGACAUUGAUUACUCUGAUGAUUAAUGUUGCUGCCUGGCUGAUUACUCAGUCGUGUCCUGCUUUGGCCACAUGGGUCUAGAUUAAUCCAAUUUGCUUGUUGAGAUAUAACUCCAAGCUGCUUAUUUUAAUCAAAGGCGUUUAAGCUCUGGUGUGGAAUGAUAGCCAAGCAAUCUGGGACUCGUUUAUAGCUGAUUGUAACAAGUAAGUGUCAUAAGUAGGGCUCGAUCACAUUUGUGAAUAGUGAUCUAAUUCUGCUUUAACCCUGUGAUCAGUCAUUUCAACUUAAAUAAUAGCAGUUUAUGACCUUUCAUGAGGGAGGUAAUGAUGAAUAGAACCACUGCUAAGAAUUGGAUGAAAGUCAGCUCAAAAGAAACAUCAUGUUAGCAAAUAACAAUUGCUCACUAAACAAAGCUGCUGUCUUUUUCUCGUCACCGAUAUGUCGUAAUUCUUCAUCCCAAAUGUUCAAGCAUUUAAAAAACAGUCAGAUUAUCCCUUUCUUUUUUUUUAACAAACUCAGCAGCCAUAUGGGCUUUGCAGCCAAAAACGUAACACUCCUGAGCUGAAAGUCAUCAAGUUAAAAGCACAAUUUGAGUACAAGCCAGUAAGAAAUACAAACACUGUUACUUAGCACAAAGCAAAACCAUGAUGGCCGCCGUGAAGCUUACUCCAAGACAUUUCAUCUUUCAUUCUUACAACUAGUGGAAUGGAUAGUUGGUGGGAUUUUCUAUACACUGGCUCAACUGUGGUGUUUUUCAGUGCAUUGUUUAUUGGCAUGAAAAACAGCUUCAUUUUAAGAGAGAGAGAGAGAGAGAGAGAGAAGAAGCCCUGGAAAAUAGUUUGAAGUGCCAUCCAGUCGGGUGUUGCAGAAUCAGUUUGAUGGCACACACUGUCUGCUCUCAGUCUGAGUCUGUCUGUCUUCCUUGCUCUUGAAGUGCUCAAUCAAAACUCUCUUGAGCUGUCUCCAUGGCAGUAAUGUUGGGAUGGGUGUAUUUGAUGGAGCCCACACCUUGAUAGUAAAGGCAGGCAAACGAAGGUUAUGGAGAAAGCUUUUGUUUUUCUUCCUUGCUCCAUGUUUCCUCGACUUCAAAUGCAAGAAGAUAGAUACAGUAACUUAUCAGCCCCUGAUCCUUCCAUCAAUGUUAUGUGAUGUAAAAUGAAUACAAUUGCAGAUAUUUUUCUUUAAUUUGUUAAUUUAUACACUGUGAUUUUAAUACAUAAUUCUACACUUUAUUGCUGUGUGCCACUUUUUGCAAUCUGGGUUGUUAGCCCCAAAUAUUGUGAUAACUCUGAAUCAGGCUUUGAAGCAGAACUUAAAUCUGAUGUAAGUGAGUAAAAAGCUUCUACCCAUUCAUUCAAGUGUGCUUAACUGAAUCUACAUAACAUUAAUUAGAUUUUAAAAAAUCCAUUCACAUCAUUAAAUGUAGCAUACAGAUACAUGAAGCAUAACCUACAGGAUUAUAAGAGGUAAUAGAAGAGGCUGUAGCGCAAUUCAAAUUCUGAUUGUGUUUUGUUAAUCUGUCCUAUUUCUUUAUUUGUACAAUUGUAAGAAUCACUACACCAACUGGUGAAAAGUAAAUGAAAUAAACUCAAUGAGGUACA